ACGAGAGAAAAGACCAAAGGACAACAUCCCUCCUGAGGCUGAAGAAAAACGAGAGAACAUACACAAUUCACAACACCAUUACUGAGAGAAGAGGAGCACUUGACAUUCGGUGGAAAGACAAACAGUGCAUUUUUGUCUUCAAACAAGAAAGAGUUUUUGACUACACUGAACUUUAAAGGAAUACGUUACACGACCAGUAGCCGGUUUGUUUUGAUUCUUCACACAAGUCAAUUUGUCAGUUACCCCGGAGAUAAGGAGCUUUCGCGCUUUUUAACUGACGUCAAUUAAGACUGAUAUUAUUUUUUUGCGACUAGCCAUCAUUAUUAAUCAAUGUGUUUACACUUGCUAUGAACGUUUCUAAAAAAAUGACCGCGAGCAUGAUGAUGAAUGGAGAUCUGUCAAAGGAGGUUGUUGGAAACGUUACAACUCUGUCCUGUUUAUAGAUCAAUUGAAUUCAUGAACUGAUUUGUUUGCUGUAGACACGCUAUUUAAGAAAAUGAGUAUUUACAUCCUCUCUCUAACCUGUUUAAUGGCUUGCAUGCUCUCAGCCCAGUGUAGUCUGGGAGCUGAGACGGUAUCGCAGGAGUCUCAAUGUGUCUCUUGUGGACUUGGGCAUUCGGAUGAUUCGGGGCGACUGGACACGGACUUUCUGGAGGCGGUUAAAAGGCACAUAUUGAACCGGCUGCAAAUGAGAGAGAGACCAAAUAUCACUCAUCCCAUUCCCAAAGCUGCCAUGGUAACGGCGCUGCGCAAACUUCACGCGGGUAAAGUUAGGGAGGACGGGAGGGUUGAAAUUCCCAACUUAGAUGGACAUGCUGCCUACAACGAGGUGCAAGAAGAAACGUCGGAAAUAAUCAGUUUCGCCGAGUCAGAUGAUGUGACUCCAUCUAAGUCCAGCCUGUACUUCCUCAUCUCCAAUGAGGGGAACCAGAACCUCUACGUGGUGCAGGCACACCUGUGGCUGUACUUCAAGCUGUUGCCAGGCGCUCAGGAAAAGGGACUGCGACGGAAAGUGACAGUGAGAGUGCACUACUAUGAGCCCGGCGGGCAGAACAUGCACUGGCCCGUGAUGGAAAAACGCGUGGAGUUGAAACGCAGCGGUUGGCACACCUUCCCUGUGUCCGAGGCUGUGAGGGCAAUGCUGGCGAAAGGGGGUCGCCGCCAGGACCUCGACAUCCACUGCGAGGGAUGCGAAGCUGCCAACGUUUUACCCAUCCUGGUGGACCCGAGCGACCCCUCACACAGAGCCUUUCUGGUGGUUCGCGCCCAGCAGGCUGAAGGGAAGCACCGCAUCCGAAAGCGAGGCCUGGAGUGUGACGGCAACAACGGCGGUUUGUGUUGCCGGCAGCAGUUUUACAUCGACUUCCGGCUCAUUGGCUGGAACGACUGGAUCAUCGCGCCAGCGGGGUACUAUGGGAACUACUGCGAAGGCAGCUGCCCGGCUUACAUGGCGGGUGUGCCGGGCUCUGCCUCGUCGUUUCACACGGCGGUGGUUAACCAGUACCGCAUGAGAGGCAUGAGUCCUGGUUCGGUCAACUCCUGCUGCAUACCCACCAAACUCAGCACCAUGUCCAUGCUCUACUUCGAUGACGAGUACAACAUCGUCAAGCGCGACGUGCCUAACAUGAUCGUGGAGGAGUGUGGCUGUGCCUGAACAAAAUCCACGUUACGAAAGCAGUGACAGUCAGUCUUUCUGAACCACGUGCAUAUAGAUUGUGUUAAUAUUUGUGCACUCACAAAGUACAAUCACGCACAUGUGUGUGUGUGUGCAUCAAGCAGUAGAUCAUCAGAUGUAUGGCAGGCUUUGAGGCUUUGGGAUGAUAAGGGAAAUGGAACAACAACCUGGUUUUUCUCUAGUUUGCCAUUUCUAGACUUAAAAAAAAUGGCUCAAUACUUUCCUCUCCAACUGCAAAAAGGAGACAAACUGGUGUCACACUUUGAUACAAGUACUUAGAAACUGUUUUACAAGCACUGGCAUAUCUCGAUGUCCCUUCUACUUUUCAGAACACCAGCACUUCAACAGCUUGUUUAAGACAAACUAUUCCAACUGAGGGGGAGAUUUCGAAAUCAGUGCAUGUCAUCGUCCCAGUCGUUCUCAGAGGUAUUCCCUUAGCAAUGACUAGUUGUCUGCGGCAUAGUUAAACCAUCGUGAGGCUUCUACUCGAACUGCAAACACCUCUGGACAAGAUCGUCUUUAAACUGUUCUACUAAUGUGAUCUUGAGGUCUAACCGUUACAGCACAAACUUCACCGCUUCCUUCAUCCGCGCAGUUCUGUGACUGACGGUGUGCAUUCUGUCCAGCUGGUUUACAGGGAGUACAGCACUUGCGAAAACUCUCAAAAUGCACAAUUUAAAGCACUUGCAUAAUGCAAAGCCUUCAAAAGGGUAGAAAGAGGUGGACCUACCCUUGCCCAUAGUCCUUUUAAUAUAAAGUGCCGCACGAACUAUGCAAUGUAUUGUAAUCCUGAACUAUGUCAAACUGAAUUCUUCUUUCUGCUUGUCUUGUCUAAAUCUUUAUCAAUACUUGAAAUGUGAUCUUUCGCUUGCUUUCCAAAGCGGAUGAUUGUUACGAUGUUUGCACUGAAAAGUUGCGUGAUUAGUUAAAAAAAGAAAACUGCCAUUGAAAAUGUUAUUUUUAUAGUAAAACUGAAUUUUGUGAAAAAAAUGUAUUGUACCUAAUUAAUUGUACCAAAGAGGCCAAUAUUUUAGCUGUUAUAAUAAGGUGGCAAGGCCAUUCCAAUAUUUGUAAAAAUAAUUAUUGAUAAUAAUUAUUAUCCUUCUCAAGAGGCCUAAUAAUCAGGGUACAACAUUAUGGAUUCCAUUUGUAGCUCUGUCUAAUUUUUUAUACUAUGUGUACAGCAAACCGAUGAAACAAUCUCUUCCUUGUCUUUAAUUUUCCAGUCUUCUAUUUAAUAAAAGCUAUUUCUUAGCUGUCGUUAAAGUCAUUUAGUUAAACGGAUGUCAUCUCUGUACAGAUUAUGUCAAAUAAAAAUAUUCUUUCUUAAAUA